GACCCAUGUCUACGGUGCGGCGCCGUUUGCCGUGCAACGGUACGGCACCGCCGCCGGCAGAUGGCGCGGCGCCGUGCCGCGCCACGGCGUCGUGUACCGGCACGUACACGCUCAGCACUUAUACCAAAAUUAGUUUUGGCUUGUUAUGGACCGCAAAAGACGUAUCCUGCUCCUGUUGCUGUUAAGACGUCGACGAAUGAAGAAAAAACGAAAUCAAAGAAAAUAUUGGGUAAAUCCAUACCUUUCUAUAAUGAACCAUGAUGGAGAUCAUUUUAAGAGGAAAUAUGAAGCGUUGAAAAUAUGUGGUGAUGACAAAUUUUACGAAUAUUUUAGAAUGUCUAUAUCAAGUUUUGAAGAACUGCUAACCAAAAUAGCGCCUCGUAUACAGAAGAAAUACGUGUUCAGGAAACCUGUUGGGCCCAUGGAAAUGCUAGGCUUAACUAUAAGAUUUUUGGCAACAGGGAAUUCAUUCAGAGAUAUGGAAUUCACAGAUUAUCGUGGAAAAUCUACAAUUGGAAAAAUUGUACGAGAUGUUUGUCGUGCUAUAUGGGACAUUCUUUUAAGUGAAAGUAUACCGAAAAUAUCCGAAGAGCGAAUUGAAAAAAUAGCUAAGGAUUUUGACGUAAGAACAAAUUUCCCGAAUUGCAUGGGGGCAUUGGACGGGAAACACAUCCGAAUAUGUAGUCCUGCCCACAGUGGGUCCCUUUUUUUUAACUAUAAAAGUUUUAACUCUAUAGUCUUGCUGGCACUGGUGGAUUCUAAGUAUAGAUUUGUAUAUGUUGAUAUAGGAUCGUAUGGAAAGGAAUGUGAUUCCACCAUUUUCCACAAUUCAAAACUAUACGAAUUAUUAUUGCAAAAUCGACUUCCCAUACCAGCGCCAAAGCCUUUACCGGGGCUCCAAAAUUCAGUUCCCUAUGUUUUUAUCGCUGAUGAAGGCCUACCGUUACUUAACAAUCUAAUUCGUCCAUACCCAGGGAAGCAUCUCAGAGAAGAACAAAGGGUUUUCAACUAUCGUUUGAGUCGAGCAAGAAGAUAUGUCGAGUGUGCUUUUGGUAUUUUCGCAAAUAAAUGGCGAGUAUUUCAUCGGCCCUUAAAUGUUCAAUAUAAUUUUGCGACCGACAUUAUCAAAGCAUGUUGUGUUUUACACAAUUUUGUUGUAAGUCGAGAUGGAGUUAGAAAAUCAGAGGAGUUAUAUAUUGACGACUGUUUUUUGAACCUUCCACAAACAGCAGAUGACGUUUCCUUAACAAAUCCUGUCAAUAUAAGAGACGAAUUUUGUAAAUACUUUAAUAGUGAUGUCGGUGCGCUUAGUUGGCAACUAAGCAAAAUAUAACUAAAGUUGGGUCACGGAUCGAACCCACCAAAUGUAUUGAGUGUGUGUAAAUGGCAAGUUCAUAAUAAUACUAAGCAUUAAUGCAUUGAUUUCACUUUGAUGUUUAUUGUAUUCACUUUAUUAAGUUAAAAAGAUAAAUAAAUAGGUAGGUAUAUACUCACCGAGUUUCGUUUUUUCUUUAUUGUCCAUGCUGUCGAAUGAUGGAAAAAUAUUUAGGCAGACAUCUUUCCACCCUUCUGUUUUUAAAUUUUUAUUCUUAUAA